AUGGGUCGUGUCACGUGCGCGAUUCAGUACCAAAUUCGAGGCAAUAAAACAGUAUCCUCCUCUGGCUUGGCCGUACCUCUUGCUUCCUCCUUCCUCUCUCUGUCUCUCUCGCCCCCUUUUUCAGCCCAUCCAAGUCUCUCUGAUAUUCCUCGUACUUGCACAAUCUGUACAUGUCGCCAAGCGGUGGGCUUUAGACCAGUCCAUCUGGUCGCCUCAGUGAGGCGUGUGUUCGUCCAGUUCUGA